AUCAAAGUUAUCAAUUUCCGGUCACUCGAGUAGAUAAUUAAGUGCCUACACACCCAGAUAGCUUGAGAUGAAUGCGGACACCACGGGCUCUCGAGCUGCGAACCACUGGGAAAAGAAGCCGGCAGUCUGCAUAGCUCAAGCUGGUAUAUACGCGUGGAUGUGUACCAUAUAGCACAUGCCAGAUACCUAUAGGAUAACCAUUGGCUGCAUACGACAACUACCUACACCGAUUGACGGCGACUAUGCAUUUCACCAUGUAAGCUGGAUAGAUACCGAACUCUGGGAUCUUGCAUCGGUGCGAACUGUGCCCCAUCCGCAACAGGGGUCAACCGCACGCACUACCGUACGUACCUAGCGACUAUAUAUACUGAGCGCCUCCCGGAGGGGGGAAGUAAACAGUAAUCCGUGAUGAGUUCGAGAGAGCGAGAGAGCAAUGCCGAAUGCAUACGCGUCCCCAUCCCGUUCGUUCCUUCAGAUACUCGAUUUCGACAAUGCAGCGUCCGAGGUCAAGACGACUCGGUGGGAGCUUGAGACUACCCUACCGGAACGUGCUGGAGGCGGCGUGAGAUGGAUACAUCUCAAGGCUGAACCACUUAAUUUUGGUGUAUUGUUGAAGCUGGUGGUGAAGCACUUGAACCCGCCAAUGGACACGGCUCGAGCAGCAGCCGUGUGCAAGCUGCUCGAAAAGUUCCGGCGGGAACAGGAGAGGGACUCGAACCAUGGGCGGUAUUUCGAGGCGGGAAGCGUGACGCUCGAUGGUGUGUAUUUCUUGGCUUUGCCGUAUAUAACGUACGGCACCCCGCCGCCGGUGGUGAACGAGUUGCGGCGGGCACUCCAUCCCACCAGAAGCUUGUUCCAGCAUUACUACAGGCGUGAAUCGGCGAAAGCGAUUGAAGGGCGGGACAGUGACCAGAUCUGCAAGAAGGUCCGGGGUGCGGCGGGGAAGGAUCAGGCGAUUCUGGUGGAGUAUAUAUGGGUGCUGCGGUUGGAUGAAGCAACCGUGAUUACGGUUUCCUCUACUGCCGGCGAUGAUCUCUGGUGGAAGUUGAAGUUGCUAGACGCGACGAUCGAGGUUCCGCCGAGGAGGGGUGGUAUCGAUUUCGACGGGCAGUCACUGCUGUUCAUGCAGCGCCAGAAUUCAAGCUCGGUCACGCACCUAUCGAAGGAUGUGAACGAAGUAUUGACGGACUUGAUCCGAGUGCAGUGGCGGAUCAAAGAGAUGCUUCCACAGUUCUUGAGCAGACUCUUGGGACGCUAUGAGAAGUAUAUCAUACGCCUCGCCGAUGUGGUGCAGAGCUAUGCUUUCCUCCGGAUUGCUUUUAAACCGCGCUUGGUGCUGCUGGCGGGAAAGGGUUUGGUGGUAUUGUCUACAGAUCGUAAAUGGGUGGAUGAAUUGACGGAAGACCUGUGUCGCUUCACCGAGUUCGUGAUCCACAAUAUCGCGCAGUGGCAAGAGUUUGGAACUGCGGAGCAAUACCAGUCUUCGGAAGAGCUACAGGGACAGCUCAUCACGCUGUACUCCAAGGUGCUGAGUUAUGCAGCGCAGUUUCUGAAGAAAACUGGCCCACCACUCACGAAGAACAUGGCAUGGAGGCAACGAGUAAAUGGGUUGUUCGAAGACGUCAAGCAACUCUCGGCAGUCCUGGAGUGGACUGGAGAGGCGAUACGGAUGAAAUCGGAGGUAUUCGCGGCCGCCGGAUUGCCAGAAGAGAUGUGUCGGCCGCGAGAUGUCGAGGAGCUGGUGAUGUUGGUCAUCAACACGUUGGUGCCCGAGGACUCGAUCAGAACUUCCCGGGCAUACAUCAGUGAGAUAUACGCGCAGUAUCUUGCCACCCUGCAAUUUGAAUCACAACAAGCGCCAUCCAAGGGGCUGGUCAAGAACAUCAACCAGGUCGCUGAGGAACUCGACAUAAUAGUGGGAAUUGUAAAGGCCCAGCAAAAAGUGCUCUCCCGCAUCAAGACGGAAUCCGACGUUUCCGCCGAGACCCUCGGCGGCACUCUUCAAAAGCUGGAGUUCUUUCACUCGGACAUGGAAGAGUAUAAACGCUCGUGUGCACGACUAUCAAAACUCACGGCACAGAAUGUGGAAAUGCAGAUGGAGCAUCACGGUAAGGCGAUAGUUGUGUUUACAGUUGUGACGAUCGUGUUCCUACCCAUGAGUUUCGUGUCGAGCGUCUUUGGAAUGAACGUCAAAGAUAUACGGGAGAUGGAAAACGGACAAUGGACAUUUUGGGUGGCGGCGCUCGCGAUGACGGUGGUCGUAGUGGGGUUGUCGCUUGUAGUUGCGUUCAUGGGCGAGGAUAUUGUCAAGGCGCUCAAAGGGCGUUCCUCCAGAGACGAAAAACAUAUACGAUGAUAUUGG